AUGGGAAUAACCCGUCUCUUCAGCUUCAGAAAAAGGAAGAACACAACCUCCACUAUUCCUCCAGAAGUCGCGGCGGAACACGCUCGUGACGAGAAGAAAAGAAAUUAUUACACAAACAUCGAGGAGAAUGUGAAAUUCGAAGUAUUGGUUUUGAACAUGAUGAAGGAGAAGGAAAGGGCUACUACUAGUGGGGGUUCUUCUUCUUGGGAGGAGGAGGAUAGGAGACCGGUGACUGGGAGUUCGGGUGGUGGGUCUUCUUGGAGGUAUGGAGAUGAUGGGAGAUGA